UUGCCCACGGUACCCCCCGACACCUGGGCGCCACCGAGCUGCCAAAGGCUGGUGAGGCGGCGGCAGGGUCAGCGCUGGAAAGAUGGCCGCUCUUGCCAGCUCCCUUAUUCGCCAGCGCAGGGAGGUCAAGGACCCCCAAGCAAACCGGCAGAUCGCCAGCAAGCGCAAGCCCUGCCCAAAGAGCAACAAGUCACUCUGCCAGAAGCAAAUCCUCAUAUUAAUAUCAAAGGUUCGACUAUGUGGCAGUCGAGGGAGAAAAAUGGAAAAAAGACCAGAGCCUCAGCUGAAGGGCAUCGUCACGAGGCUCUACUGCAGGCACGGCUUCUACCUCCAGAUGCUGCCAGAUGGCACCAUGGAAGGCACAAAGGACGAAAGCAGCUCCUUCUUGCAGUUCAACUUGAUUCCUGUGGGACUGAGGAUAGUGGCCAUCCAGAGCACCAAGACAGGGCUCUACGUUGCCAUGAACAGCGAGGGCUACCUCUACACUUCGGAACACUUCACACCAGAGUGUAAGUUCAAGGAGUGUGUGUUUGAGAACUACUACGUCACCUACUCAUCCAUCCUAUACAGACAGACCCAGUCGGGGCGAGCCUGGUACAUCGGCAUCAACCGGGACGGGCAAGUCAUGAAGGGAAACCGGGUCAAGAAGACCAAGGGUGCUGCUCACUUCCUGCCCAAACUUAUCGAAGUGGCCAUGUACAGGGAGCCCUCCCUGCAUGAUGUUGCUGAACAGAGUCCACCCAGGAAAACACCCAAAACCUCCAGUGACUCGCCAGUGCUCCAGAAUGGCAAGAAAGACGUUCAAUCCAAAACCAAAACCUCCUCCUCCUAG